AAGAAAAUGUUCGGGUGAGCAUAAUCCGUGAAUUUCCUUCAUCGUGUUCUAAUUUACUUGAAGCUCUUCAUUAGUUUCAUGUCAUCGUCAUCAUGUUCAGAACGAUGACACCAUCAAGUAUCUUCUUUGGAGUUGAUGAGCUGUAUGCUCAAGUUAAACUUGGAAUUUCGGGAUGAUAUCGGAGAAACAAGAGCAAAAGAAGAUGUCACGCAUCUACCAUCUACGUACCGAAAGACGGAUGUGAAAUACCUCUGAUUCGUGCAAUGUUAAAGUCAGUACAGAUUGCGAGUGAUGCUGUUUCACACAACACUCCUGCUCCAAUGGCGUGCCACCCAAUUCGCAUGACAUGACAACUGCCAAAGUAUUUAUAGCCCUGUGAAAUCUGCACCGUGUUCGACCCGCCAAAGCAUGGCUAGCGUGAUCGGGUUAUUACUGAUUGUAAUCCUUGCUGGCUUGGUUUCGCCUCCUGUGGAUGCAUUUACUAGGUGUGAGUACGUGUACGACUAUUUCCCUUACUGCCUGGACUUUCUCGUGGGUUACCGGGCAUUGGCGACGACGAGGUGCUGCAACCACGUCAAGAAACUCAACUUCUUGGCGAAGCACCUGCUGGGCCCUCGCCUGAUCUGCGAAUGCAUCGAGGCCAUGGUGAGGGGUAUGGAUCCCCCGCUGAUUGCCUACAAUAUCGACGCACUUCCUUACCAGUGCUCGACCCAGCUCAGCUUCCCCAUCUCUUCUAGCAUGGACUGCUCCACGGUUCCAGCCUAAAGCGAUAUGUCGGGAUGUUAAGAGCGAGUUACCCGAACUGCAAAAGUAGGGGUUAAGAGUUUGAGCCAGAGGACUAGACUUCUCGAGGAUGAAUGACUUACCCAUACAACAUCGACUUCGUAUAUCUGGAAAGUUGUGAUGGACCAAUUCUUGCCGGAAAAAUAUUCAAGUUCUGCAGUAGGCUACUUAAUGCAUUCGAACAUAUAUUUGUACGGGAAAACAGCUCAUUCUAAUUCAGUUUGAUGCAUGAUAAAAGGUCAGCGCUCCAUGCCCGUAUUGUCAUCUGUUCGUGAACAUUCUAUAGUUUCGAGAUAACGAGAUGCAGA